UUGUACUUGUCACUAAUUUGUCCCCAGUUUGUCUUUGUGUCAGUCUCUUAAUAUGUUUGAACACAUAGGUAUUCAUUCUUUGGGUGUCUUCUGUUUUGGUAUGUUCUAGUUUGAGUUGGUUCACUCUCCAGGUUUGCUAGGUUGUAUCAUUUCACUGGUGUGUGUUACUUCUUUAACUUUUGUGUGUGUGUGUGUGUAAUACUGGGGACAGAAUGCAGGGCCUUGUGCAUGCUAGGUAAGUGCCCUACCACUGAGCUACAUCCCCAGCCCUAUUUGACUUCUUUCUUGAUUUAUCACUUCUAAGUACCUUUCUGAAAAAGUGUAUGAGAGGGAAAUUUUGGGGAGAUUUCACAUUCCUUUUCACACUUAAUUUGUAGGUUCACUCAGUAUAUAUUGGGAAUAAUUUUUCCUUAGGAUCAUUAAAGGACUGACUUAUUGUUUUCUGUCUUCCAAAUGUUGAUAAAUGCAGUACUAUUCUAAUUAUUAUUCCCUUUCUCUUAUUGAUAGUUAUUUGGAUGUUGGACUUCCUGAAUUAGUCUCCUAAUAUUCUCAUAUUUACUUUUCUAUUUUUCAUCUUCUUCCAUCUGGGAGAGUUUCUCAACUGUACUUUUUAAACUAUUUAAAAUAGUUUUUUCCUGCUUUCAUAUUUUUAAUGACCAAGAGCUUUUUCGUUUUAAUAUUCUUCUUUUGACAUCUUUCCAGUUGAAGACUCAAAUUCUUAGUUGUUUGCUCUUUUUAAAGAGUGGGACAUAAAAAGCGGAUUGAAAAGGCUUUUUGAUGGUGGGUGGUGUAUAUUCAUGUGGUUUUCAAUCUACUGUGGUCUGGCCAGGCUAUUACACAGUAAUAUCUAGUACUGGUAGGUAGGUAUUUUUCUCUUACAUAGAUAGGAUUCCCUCAAGGUGUAUAAUAACCUCUUACUCAAGGAUAUAAGCCAGGCUACCAGUUUUCUGGGAGUAGCAGAAAAGGUCUACAGUCUCUAUUUUCAUUGCAUACAAUUAAAAUUAAUUCCUCAGUUUUCAGUAAGGUACCCAAGCUUUUAACCGUCCUAUCCCUAUUUAUCUCCAGUUUGGAUACCACAUAUUGACUGACUAAAGUCUUAACCCAGCUUUGGGGAGAAGCAGUUCCUUUGGGGAGAGAUCUGUUUGCUUCUUAAAAGUCUUUCAUCUCCAUAUUCUGAGUUGCCUAGUGUCAUCAAUUCAAGUUGAGGCUUUUAGGAUUUCUGAGAGGUAAAUCAUUGCUUUACUGAAUUCUUAUUGCUAGUUUGGGAUUCAUCUUUAUUUCAUUUAAGUUAGUUACCUUCCAUGUCAAGGCGUUUCACUUUCCAAAAUUUUUUUUCAUACUCAUUCUUGGAGGUUAUUUUCUUCUAAAAAUUUAUCUUUUACUCUUAUGUUAGCCAUUUCCAAAGGGCACAGAGGCAAUUCUCAUAUAUGCCAUCUUUAACUGAUACUGUGUCUACAUCUGUAUAUUUUUUGUUUUCAGGAUAAAAAGAAAUUUUAAUUCUGUCCAGGAACACUGGAACUGUACAGAUCCUCCUCUUCUUCAUAUCUUUGUUUUCAGCACACAGAGAGGAAAUCAGGGAAGAUGGGGUAAACUAGAAAACUUGUUAUUUAUAUUACAUGAAAUCUAAAUUGAUGUCAUGGUUCAAAACUUCACACAAAAACUUCACAGUUUUUUAAAUGUUUUUGUCCCUGAUUUUAAAACAGAGGUGUGCAUUCUUUUAUGUGUAACAUAUUUUAUACCCAUUUUACUCCAUUGCUAGUAUUACAAGUUAUCUUGAAUGUAUUUGGCUUGGUUUUGAAGAAAGGGGGAAUUUAAUGUUCUUGCUUAUGCCUUCACUCAUUUCAGUUUUCUAGGACUAUUUUGUUUUCAAGUUACUUUCUUUGGAAUUUUCUUCUCUCUUUAAAUGGGUUACUUUAAAAGUUUUGCAUUGUAAAAUUUAUACUGGCUUUAACUUGCCUGUUUCUUACACAUUAAGGAAAAGUUGCUAGAACUGAGCUAGGCAGAUGGUCGGUCAUCCUUCAGAAUUUAGGCUGAACUAAAGUAUUGUUUUGAAGUCUGUUCACCCACAGGCAAAAUUGGUUAUCCUGACAUUACCUCAAAUUCUCCCUGGAUUACUCCAUUCCAGUACUACUCCACCCCCACCCCCCCUUCCUGUGUGGCCUUUCCGACGGCUCUCACCAACACAAAAUCCCUCUUCACGGUAUCCAUUUCCAACAGCUCUUGCUCGUAGGUACUCGGCUCUCACAGUAUAGGUCCUGCGCUCCAAAGUUCAUAGAGACCUCUGCAGUGCUUCUUGGAUCCUCACUAUUCUGUCGGGCUGCCAGACCAGGCGCUCAAAGGUCACAGGCUGGUGGGUUUACCUAGACAACGCUGCAGCCUUUCCAGGCUCAGAGCGACCCGGAGCAAAGCGGGACCACCGCCAGGAGGCGCAGCCCACGGGUGCGCUGUGUGGGGAUGGAGGCUUCGGCCCUGCCCGGGACGCCCGAAGCCGCUCAGCGGAGUUCCACAUACCGGAUGUCACUUCACACCGGCCCAGAGGUCAAUUCGCAUUGGUGCUGGUCCGCAGUUCAUCGGUCUUUUCAGCCAGGAUCUGCCUCACACCUAAAAGAAACCCGGUCGGGCCAGCUCGGACUGGCAGACCCAACGCGCGGGUCUUUCGGAGCCGCCAAUCUUCUGAGCCGCGGGACACGGGAACGCGCGUCGUCCUGCUUUACGGCAAGGGUGCGCGCAUUUGCGGCAGCAUGACGCAAGCAAUUUUUGGCGGGAAAAGUGCUGCAUUUGGAUUCCUGUGGUGGCGGGCAAAGGACACCUUGCCGUGGUGCUCGGUGGAGUCAUGGCAGUGCCCUUUGUGGAAGACUGGGACUUGGUGCAAACCCUAGGAGAAGGUGCCUACGGAGAAGUUCAGCUGGCUGUGAAUAGAAUAACUGAAGAAGCAGUUGCAGUGAAGAUUGUAGAUAUGAAACGUGCCAUAGAUUGUCCAGAAAACAUUAAGAAAGAGAUCUGUAUCAAUAAAAUGUUGAAUCAUGAGAAUGUAGUGAAAUUCUACGGUCACAGGAGAGAAGGCAAUAUCCAGUAUCUAUUUCUGGAGUACUGUAGUGGGGGAGAGCUUUUUGAUAGAAUAGAACCAGAUAUAGGCAUGCCUGAACAAGAUGCUCAGAGAUUCUUCCAUCAGCUCAUGGCAGGGGUGGUUUAUCUUCAUGGCAUUGGAAUAACUCAUAGGGAUAUUAAACCAGAAAAUCUCCUCUUGGAUGAAAGGGAUAACCUCAAAAUCUCUGACUUUGGCUUGGCCACAGUGUUUCGGCAUAAUAAUCGUGAACGUUUAUUGAACAAGAUGUGUGGUACUUUACCUUAUGUUGCUCCAGAACUUCUUAAGAGAAAAGAAUUUCAUGCAGAACCAGUUGAUGUUUGGUCCUGUGGAAUAGUGCUUACUGCAAUGUUGGCUGGAGAAUUGCCAUGGGACCAGCCCAGUGACAGUUGCCAGGAAUAUUCUGAUUGGAAAGAAAAAAAGACAUACCUCAAUCCUUGGAAAAAAAUUGAUUCUGCUCCUCUAGCUCUACUGCAUAAAAUCCUAGUUGAGAAUCCAUCAGUAAGGAUUACCAUCCCAGACAUCAAAAAAGACAGAUGGUACAACAAACCACUCAAGAAAGGGGCAAAGAGGCCUCGAGUCACAUCAGGUAGUGUGUCAGAGUCUCCUGGUGGAUUCUCUAAGCACAUUCACUCCAAUUUGGACUUCUCUCCCAUAAGCAGUGCUUCUAGUGAAGAAAAUGUGAAGUAUUCCAGUUCCCAACCAGAACCACGUACAGGUCUUUCCUUAUGGGACACCAGUCCGUCAUACAUUGAUAAACUGGUGCAAGGGAUCAGUUUUUCCCAACCGGCAUGUCCUGAUCAUAUGCUUCUAAAUAGUCAAUUACUUGGCACCCCAGGAUCCUCACAGAACCCUUGGCAACGCUUGGUCAAAAGAAUGACACGAUUCUUCACCAAAUUGGAUGCAGACAAAUCUUAUCAAUGCCUGAAAGAGACUUGUGAGAAACUGGGCUAUCAAUGGAAAAAGAGUUGUAUGAAUCAGGUUACUGUAUCAACAACUGACAGGAGAAAUAAUAAACUGAUCUUCAAAGUGAAUUUGGUAGAAAUGGAUGAGAAGAUUUUGGUUGACUUCCGACUUUCUAAGGGUGAUGGAUUGGAGUUUAAGAGACACUUCCUGAAGAUUAAAGGGAAGCUGAGUGAUGUUGUGAGCAGCCAGAAGGUUUGGCUUCCUGCCACAUGAUUGAUCCAUUAUCUCUGGGGAUUCCUGGUGAAUAUAGUGCUGCUAUGUUGACAUUAUUCUUCCUAGAGGAGAUUAUCCUAUUCUGCAAACUGCAAACAAUAGUUCCUGAAGAAUUCUCUUCCCCUUUAUCCAAACAUCUUCCCAAUUCAUUGUGUAUGUUUUGCAUACAAAUAAUUACUAUAUCUUAAUUGUAAUAAUUUGGGGGAAGGGAUGGGUAGAAUUCAUUAGAUAUUUCUUUAGCAGUGUUCAGUAUCUGGAUUUGAAAUCCAUCUGGUGGAAACCAGGUUUUGGGAUACAUGAUUUUACCAGCUUUUAUACCAACAUAAUAUCCCAUUUUUACCAAAACAUUUUGUUUCAUCCAAAAGUACCUUGAUUUAAUUACAAGAAUAAAUUAGCAAAGACUAACCCUUGUAACUUUUGGAUACAAAAGUAGAUUUAUCAGUCUGUGAGGUGAAGCCAGCUUCAAAAAAUGUAUCCCCAGAUCUGUACUUACAUUUUCAAAAGGGUCUGACCAGUUAUACAUACCUGUUUUUGAGUUAUAAUGAUUAAUUAAAAUUGCAAGUCAGUGUUUUUUCUGGUGUAGCUAGUAACAUAUAAAAUGCUAAUUGGUCUUCAAGAAGUUGAGCAUAAAUUGGUAGUGCUUAACUAACUUUCCUCAAAAAAUUAAUAUUGCACAUCUUAAGUAUUUUCUAUAUUAUUUUCUACUUUCACAGCCAUAUUUUAAUUCUUUACUAUGGAAAUAAAUUCUAUUUUGAAAAUGAAUACUUAACUCUGUGAACUUAUUGGUGACCAGGCUUCUAGGUAAUAAGGGGGAGGGAAGAAUAUAGAAGCUAUCAUAGAAAUAGGUCUGGUUCCUGCUUUCUUAACUGUUAGAUUUACUAAAACUUCAUUUUUUAAAUAAAAUUUAUAUUAACUUAUGAAUAAAUGGUUGGGAUCCUAUAUUCCUUUUAUGUGAUUAAAAAAUAAUCACUUAUCUCAGUCUGAACAACAUGUAAAAUUUUAUGGUUAGAGUUUAUCACAUAUCAGUGUAUACUGACAUUGUUUUAAUAGCAGCAUACCCAGAGGAGGAAAA